AUGGCCAUCUCUCUUGAGUACCGCUUCACAUUCAUCAAUGUUUUGGAGGAGAUGGACUACGAACGCUCUGCCGUCCUGAGCCGACGUUCCAGCAGCUUGCCGCCUUCGAGGACCCGCACGGAAAGCUGUGAUGCUCUUGAGUGUGAUGAGAAGGACGGACAAUACGUGCAGACGCUGACGGAGAAACUCCCAUCGAUUUUCGGCGCUCAGGUCCAGGUAGCUGAGGAGGAGAUACUCUCUAGCACCAUGAAGGCGCAGGACAGCGAAGCAGAUGCUGCCGAUGCUGCCAUUCAGUCCUGGAGCACUGCUGAGGUCACGGACGUCACCGAAGUCAGCGACCUUGUCAGCGAGUCCAACGAGGAGUCGAUCGAUCCCGGAUCUCCCGGAUCCAACUUUUCCAGUGCAUCCAACCCAGGCAGCGUGGGGCAUCCCGAGCUAUGCCGACGUCCAUGCAUCUACUUCGCUGCGGGGCAGUGCCGCAACAGCGCUGACUGCAACUUCUGCCAUUUGUCGCAUGCCCACCGUUCGGCAACGCUCGACAAGAACCAACGCAAGAUGAUCAAGGAGCUCAGCAAACAUGAGUUCCUGAGCUUGCUCUUGCGAUGCCUUCGAAACAAGGCCGCGCAAGGACAGUUCGAAGAGGAAGCCGAUGAAGUUUUGACGCUCUUUGAAGAACGUCUCAGUCAGGAAGUGGAAAUGGAGUCAAAGGUGGGUGCCAAGGUCAACAAUUUGGAGCGAGCGUUGGCGCGAAUGACCUUCUUUAGCGUGGCCAGUCUUACUACACGUGCCCAAUUUGACAAGGUCUUCCUUGAGCGUUGCAAGUUGGCGGUGGGUGAUCGGCCGGUUUAUGUGGCACGCAUCCCGCCCGCUUCGAUGGUCACGGCCUACCGGGAAGCCGGUCGUGUCCACAUGCACAACUCCCAGGGCCCUGGAGGGGCCGGCGAUGCGCUGUUGCCAAACAGGUACGCCGCGUCAUCCAUUGCCCCGGGCACUCUACAAGAGGCGGAGCCGGUCUUGCUGCUGCUGCGCUGUGUCUGCCGCCUUUGGGAUGCGCCUGCAGUGGCAGUGGCGGUCUGGUCCCUGGCAGCACUGAGCAGCUUCAUGGUGUUGAUCCAGCACCAGCGCCUAGCGGAGGCAGAGUUCUCUUCAGGCCGCCCGGUGCCACAACGGGCCCUACGUGCCACCUCGCUGACCACAACAUCCGAAGCGAUAGCGAGGCCCUUAGUCCAGGACGUGUCAAGCACCGAAGCUGACCAGGCGAUAAAAUUGGCCUUGGUCGCGCAGAUCAAAAUCGCUGACAACAUCUUGCAACAUCCCGAUGAGAUGCGGUACCGCAGGAUUUGGAAGCAGAAUCCCAUCUUCCGGGAGGCUAUGGUACAAAGUGGCCAUGAACAGGAAAUGCGAAAGUUGUUCUUUGAGGAACAGGGUGGUGAGGCGUGGGUCUUCAUAGAGAGCGCUGAGCACUUGGCCACACUGAAGGUGCAAAUUGCAGAGCUGCGGCAAAGCCUCCGCAUGCUGCAAGCGGAAAAAAAUGAAAAGCCGUGGUGCGUGGCGAUUUGCUGCAAGGCUUCGUUCAGCAUGACGAGCAAGCUGAAUCACUUGCUAACCGCUCGCCGCUCGAACUGUCAGAGCACUAUGAAGAAGCCAUCCACUCUGAAGGCAAUGGACACGGCGAGGUGCAAUGAUACCGUCGCGCAGUGCAAUCGGCAGCUAGAAGAUUACGAGCGGGAGACCCUUGGCUUGUUACUUAGCCGCCUUGCACAUGAAGCUUCUGCCGGCAAGAGUGCGUUAGUCCCGGAGUAG